AUGGAAUGGCUCUGGGGAUGGCUUACUGGCCUUAGAGCCGCCUUAUGUCCCUCUUGUGGUUAUAAGCUUGGGCCUAUCGACUGGAAAGACGGCUGGAACUGGGUUACGACAUUUCAAAGAAUCGACGAAGCCUUGGCACUCGGCUGCCGAAAAUGCAUCUUCACUGUCGACUGCUUAAAGGCCUGUCCGACAACGGCAAACAUCGAUUAUUCUUUGAUUGAGCGAGCCAAGGCUUGGAAGAUGCACAACCUCAUUUUUGUUCUUGUCAAGGACGAAGGGUCCGAGGCUGGAUUGCGCAGCAUCGAUCUGGAGAUUUUUUCACCUCAAGAAGGCAAUGCGCUUGACAUCUUGCAGAUCUCAACGGUGCGGAAGACUCUCAUCGGAGACACAGCCUCAAAAGAUUCUUUUGCCAUGGUUUCCUCCUGGAUAGAUGAGUGCUUACAGACGCACCCAGACUGCUCAAAGACUGAACAAAGCACCCACGAGAAGAGAAAGUUUCCAGCCCGACUCCUUGACCUAACCAACGGGAAAGUGGUGCUUUGUGAGGGCAUCCGUCCAGACCGAUACGUCUGUUUGAGUCACUGCUGGGGUAAAACCGCCCACACGGCCUUGACGACAAAUAAGACAUUCAAAGACCACCUUGUCGCCAUUGAUUGGAACUGCCUCACACAAACCUUUCAAGACGCCAUAGUCAUCUGUCGUCGCUUGGGUAUACCUUUUCUAUGGAUCGAUUCUCUCUGUAUCAUCCAAGACUGCGAUGAGGACUGGAAACGCGAGGCCGCUCUCAUGGGGAGCAUUUACGAAUCCGCCUUCUUGACUAUCGCCGCAACCAGAGCCAGCAAUAGUUCCGGAGGUUGCUUCUCCAAGGCUGACCCGGCAUUUAUUGGAUCCCCAGUGCCCGGACACCCCGGCUGGCUGGUGAGAGAACAACCGACUAAGUUUCCUGCCACGUGGUUCGACCUAGAUAACGAGUCUUCCGGAUUUCCACUCUUAAGCCGAGCAUGGGUGUACCAGGAGAUGAGGCUCUCUCGACGCGUCUUACACUUUUGCUCGGCCGAGAUCAUGUGGGAGUGUCGCUCUGCCAAAAGAUCCGAGAGCGGCAUCAGUAACGAGUAUAGAGACUCUGAAAACCAACAGAUCUACCCGGGGACAAGUAAGAUCGAGGUUGGAGAGUACGCCCAUCUCGACUGCGCCAGCCUCUGGCGGCAGACGGUCAGAGAGUUCUCACGGCUCAACAUCACUUUUCAAACUGACAAGUUACCUGCCAUGGCUGCCCUCGCGGAACGCAUGGCUGAGAGGAGAGCGGGCCAUGACACGUAUCUAGCUGGGCUCUGGCGCAACACCCUUUCUCAAGAUCUUCUCUGGAGGCGCCUUGUCAAGGACGACGCCAGAAUAGACCGCGAUUACUCCGCAUGUCGCUGCGAGCCGUUUUGCCAGCCACGACCCAGCGGCGUACCAACCUGGUCCUGGGCCUCGACGUCUUGUACCGUGGCAUGGGAUGCUGGAUACACCGUGAUGACAUCCUUUACUGUCAAGCAUGUGCACUACGAUGCCGCUGGGCCAAGAUACCUUGGGGGUUGCUCCAUGGCUAGAAUCGAGAUUGAAAGCCCCGUUGUGAGGGUUGAGCAAAUGAACGAUGCUUCCAUCGCGUUGCGUCACAUUAUAGGUCUUGCGAGUUACCAAGACAACUGUGCUAGUCAACAGGGCCAACAAUCCACAAUCGGCCAGUUCGCCGUGAGCCGCUACGUGCCCGAUCGAGCCCCCGACACCAUCCCCAGCGAAGUAUACACCGAUAUGCUCUUCAUCCCGAUAGCUCACCCUAAGUCGGAGUGGCAUCUGGACAUUGUUGGUCUACACGUUGGGAAGAGGCGUGGGUGUUGCGACUACGAGCGGCUCGGUUUGUUCGGCAUGCAGCAUGGAGAAUAUUUCAAGCAUUCUCAUCGGACAUUUGUGACCAAGCAUGGGUGGCCUUACGAGGAUAUAAUAAGAAACAAGGUACCGGACAAGGAGCCGUUCACCAAGAGACUGUUGGAUGUGUUGUUGGAGAUGCCUCGAGAGGUUAUCACGCUCGUCUGA